AUGAGCAGCCCAAUUUCCGGAUAUGCCCAUGAGGCACCAUUCGACCAGGGCAUGCUGCCCGUCAGCGCCAUCCACAAGCUACACUACGAACAAUAUGGCAAGAAGGACGGCAAACCGGGUAAGCUACCAAUCUUACUUUCAUACCUACUCUCUCCCUCCCCUCCAACCCCCAUCGUGAUUCUAACAUCCAGAACAGCCCUCUACCUUCACGGAGGCCCAGGCGGCCAAACCUCCAAAGCCAACACCGCCUACUUCGACCCAGCCAUCUACCGCGUCGUCCUCUUCGACCAACGUGGCGCAGGCCGCUCAACACCCUCCGCCGAGCUCCGCGAAAACACCAGCGCGCACCUGGUCGCCGACAUCGAAGUCCUGCGCCAGCACCUGCAAAUCCCACAAUGGCACCUGAUCUUCGGCGGAUCCUGGGGGUCGACGCUCGCCCUGCUCUACGCGCAGGCCCACCCGGAUGCCAUCGGCGGCGCGCUCGUCAUGCGCGGCAUCUUUACGGCGCGGCGCGCCGAGCUGGAGUGGUCGCGUGGUCCGACGGGCGCGUCACAGCUGUUCCCGGAUGCCUAUGAGGCGUAUCUGAAUUUCCUGAAGGGAGAAGAAGAAGAAGAAGAAGAUCGUGCGGAUGAUAUUGCGGCAUAUUAUAGGAUUCUUGCGCAGGAUGAGGACUCGGCGCAGCGGCGGGCGGCGGCGCGUGAGUGGAAUCGGUGGAAUUCUUGGAUUGGAACGCUUCGCACGGGGCCGGAGAGUUUUGCUUGGUUGGAAGAGGAUGAGCAGUUGUCGUUGGUGCAUGCGCGGCUAGAGGCGCAUUAUUUUGUGCAUGGGGUUUGGUUGGAGGAGGGCCAGAUCUUGCGCGAAGAGAAUCUGGAGCGCAUUCGGCAUAUUCCUGUCACUCUGGUUCAAGGUCGCUACGACCUCGUCUGCCCGCCUCAAACGGCUUGGGAGCUUCACAAGGGCUUGCCCAAGUCGCGGUUGAUUUGGAUCCCAGCUGCAGGCCAUAGUGGAACGGAACCGGGCACCCAACCGAAGCUCAUCGAGGCGUGUGACGAGUACGCCAAGCUGUAG